UGGCUGUCGACGUCUACUGAAUGAUGUUCUCACUCUAGUACUUAAUAAUGCCAGGCUGCUUACCACAAGUCCUUACCGAGUGUUCCGAACUCUCGGAUAAUUUUCGGGCGACCUCUCGCGUGUUGGUACUCAGCAGUCGAGUCCAUGCUUUCAAAGUGAGAAGUGGCAGAUUGGCUUGUCUGUUGUCCUGGAUUGAUAUGUCAGUGAGAUCCGUUGACCAAGGACACUAAGAGCAACAUUGGUGUGAGUGUUCAAAUGCUCGUGUCUCUUAUCAGAGGAAAAGCUCUGGUAUCGUUCUCCCUCCCUGCACAUCAUCGCCUUAUCAAUCGGGACCAUCGGACGGCUAAUUGAAACUCAACCAUGGACUUGAAGCCUUCGGCCAGUCAAACUCAGCCUCUAAUUGAGGACCAAGAUCAGAGUUUGAUUCAAUACAGCGAAGAGGAGGGGAGCAGCAUCGUGUCCUCGUCUGGAUCCUCCAAUUUGGUGCCCAUUAUGAUGCGCGACAAUUCAGAAGAGACCUCGGUCAGCCGGCGAGUUAGCAUAUCUCCAGAGGCUGUCAUUGCCAACAGUACCAAAGAGCACUACGUCACCAAAGGAUUCACGCCACCCGAUGGAGGCUUUUGGGCAUGGCUGGUUUUGAUUGCGAGCUUCCUUACCAAUGGUAUUAUUUUUGGCACUAUUAACUCGUUUGGCGUGAUCUUCGUUUACCUCUGCGAACAGUAUCACGAUGAUAAGGCUGCAGCAACCAAGGCUUCUUUGGUUGGGUCAGUGGCUGUGGGGGCUACUUUCUUUUUAUCCCCAGUUUCCGGAAUCUUGGCCGACCAGUUCGGAAUCCGGAAAACGGCAUUUUUUGGCGGAUUUGUAGCCUUCCUAGGGAUGCUCCUCUCCUCAUUCUUCGUUAAUCAUAUUGACAUAUUGUACCUCACCUAUGGCGUGAUGUUUGGAGGGGGCUCCUCGUUAUGUUAUACUCCAUCCUUGGUCAUUUUGGGCCACUACUUCAAGCGACGCAUGGGCGUUGUCAAUGGGUUGGUGACCGCUGGAAGUUCCUUAUUUACCGUCAUGAUGCCAUACAUUCUUGAAGGGCUACUUUCAAGUUGGGGGUUGGUCAAUUGCUUCCGAUUUCUGGCCUUCCUCACGUUCUUCCUGAUGUUGGCCGCCUUGACCUUUGCUCCGUUGAUGCCCCCACUUCCAGUCGACGACAGUCAGACCUGUGUGGCCAAAAUUGUGAACGUCCAUAAUUGGAAAAACCCGAAAUAUGUGAUUUGGGCUUUAGCCGUACCCUGCGCUCUGUUUGGAUAUUUCGUGCCGUAUGUGCACAUUGUUAAAUAUGUGAAGGACAUCUUGCCCGAGAAGAAUGGCAGUAGCUUGGUGAUGUGCAUUGGCGUGACCUCUGGCCUGGGCCGGAUCGUAUUUGGCCGCAUUGCCGACCUCCCUGGAGUGAACCGGAUCUUUCUGCAACAAAUAUCGUUCGUAUGCAUUGGCAUUUGCACAAUGCUACUCACGGCCGCUCCCUAUUUUGCGCCUUACACCUUCGAGGCCAUGAUCGCGUUUGCCCUAGUUAUGGGUGUGUUCGAUGGAUGUUUUAUCACUAUGUUUGGACCCAUCGCCUUCGAUAUUUGCGGACCCGUAGGUGCAUCCCAAGCCAUCGGAUUCAUCUUGGGGAUGUGCUCAUUCCCUUUGACGAUUGGACCCCCUGUUGCAGGAAUGCUCUACGACUACUUGGGUAAUUACACUGUGGCUUUCUUGGCCGCCGGAUGCCCACCUAUUAUUGGGUCGUUGGUGAUGUGUGCCAUUCAUUAUGCCCGUGGAACUCGGACUCCCUCGGACCAACAUUCCUCUGAUGAGGAAGACAAUCUCAAUGGUGAUGUCAGUCAGAAUCUACUCAGCCAUUCCCAAGAGAAUGGGUCCAAUUCCAAGAAUGAUCCAGGAUCUGGCGCCAGAACAGGACUGACCAACACCGUAACAGCCACUACAUUCUUGGCUCCGGAGGAAACAAAUGGUGUCAUUAAAGGUAAUUAGUACCAAUAAGAGCUUUCUAUCCCUUCCAAAUUGAUCAACGUCACAGUUUGGAGGGGCAUUGUUUUUAACUCCAUAUUUGAAAGAACAAUUUCUGCUGUUUGACCACUUCAUGCAUACUUUGUCCGAUCCAGUAAUAAAGAGUAUUUUCUUCUUCAAACGAAUACGGAAUAAACGGAGUAAAAAAGGAAUAAUUGGUUGCUUGAUCUUUUUGAGUAACAUUUUGCGGAACAUUCGCCAUUGG